AUGGACACACCUGCUUCUUGCUACACACCAACCCUCAAUGGUAGCCUCUCUAAUAUCAAUAUAUCUCUUGCCGUCGAAAAAGUCUUACGAAGCAGUAAUCUUGAUCCACAUUUUUGGGACUUUCCUGUCAUUGAGAAUUCUUAUUCUCAGCUAUCAUCUUUUGGCUUUCUACCUCCUGAUAAUUUGCAACCACACUAUGCCUCCAAGCCACCCAACACUGUACCUUUUUAUCUCUUUGAAGACUUUUUCUCUCUAAUUGGUGCCUCUGAUGUACAAAACUCUACAUACAUCAAAGACCUUGCUAUGGAAUAUAGCCCUGGUACAUAUCCCAAACCCCAAAUCCCUCAGGUUGGCCCUUUUUCUAGUCCCUCCUUAUUAUUUGCGGCUCAAACACUUUCGAGUAACAUACCUACGACCUUUCCUUCCUGGACUACACCUUUAAUCGUCCCAGGUCAAGAGAAAAAUAUGAAUGCUCCUCUUUUAAACACAAACCCAUGUUCCUUUCUCCCAAGUUCUGGCCUAGUUUCUUAUUCACACAAGUCACCUAUGAUUUCAGAAGACUUUGACGAAAACAAUACUACUCAUAAUAUUAGUUUUAAGAAUAAUAAAAAAUAUGAGAAUUAUAAUAAGCGCAAUAAGAUCACUAAGAACAAUAAGCAUAAUGACUAUAAUAAAAGCCAUCACAAUAGUCACUAUGGCACCACUCAGACUACUGAUUUCCACAAUCCAAAUGCUCGCAAGUCUAAAGAAAGGGUCUAUUAUUCAAAACUUCAUAUGUGUGGAAUAUGCGACUACUGGAGCGACCACAAAAGCAAUAGGGAUAGACACUUUGUAAAGCACUACCCCGAUCACAAGAAACACAAAUGCCCUGACUGCAAGAGUGACUUUGACAGCAAAUACAAUCUCAAAAGGCACAUCCUUGGUAGCAAAAGAUGUAAAGCCAGUCAAGCACAACAGCAAUAG